AUGGGGCUGUGUUUUGUGCUCCUGUUGGCUGCACUGGCCUGCUGCCUGAUUCCAGCAAGCUGUUGUGUCACAUGUGAGCCGUCAGUCAUGGAAGCAGUAAAGUCCUUGGAGAAGGAUUACUUGCCUGGACACCUGGAAGCCAAAGACCGUGAAAAAGUGAUGGAUAUGGUAUACAAUAUUUUGAAAGAUUUUCAGGACCGGCUGUUCAUCGAGGGUUCCUAUGCAGGAAUCAUAGAUAAGAACUCAUUGGAAGAGGUGUCCCGGACUUUGCUGAAGGAGCUGAAACGCAUCACAGACAGUAAUGUAAAAGGAGAGGACUUUAUCAGAGAGCUCAACCACACACUGAUCAAGGAAAAGGAUGAUUUUAACCUGCAAGCUCUUCAUUUCCAGAAGGAGGCUUUAUGUCCCAACAAAUGUGGCAUCAUGUUUCAGACUCUGAUAUGGUGCCAGCACUGUGAGCAAAAGGUUCACGCUUGCCGGAAGCCCAUAAACUGCGGGGAGCAACAUGUGGAGGUCCAUCAAUCGGAAGAACUGAACUUGGACUGUCUGCUCACUUGGCACCAUAUUUCUGAAGGCCUCACAGACUACAAAUUUUACAGGGUUUGGGAGAACAAUUCUGAGACCUUGCUGUACAAGGGGAAGGAAUCAACCCUGACAAAGCCAAGGGUGAGUGAAGCGGAUGAAGGCAAAUAUCGCUGUGAGCUGGACACGGUGAUGUCAGGCCCAGCCACCAUCAUUUCAUAUCAUGUCACAGUGCUGCCCCCUAAAAUCCGCCAUGAGAAACAUAAAGAAAAGCUUGAAGACACUGAGGGGAGCCCGUUAGAUGUGAACUCAGAAAGGCCCACAGAAAGUACAGCAGCGUCAGCACACCUAGAGCCCAUCACAUCCCUCCAGCGUUCGCAGGCCCAGAGUAUGCUGCAAGGCCGCCUCUUUGCGCUGCUGAUCUCCUUCUUAAUACUUCUGGUAGCAGCCCUUCUUCUCAGGUGA